UGUGAAAGCUAUUGGAAUAUCAUAUAAGGGAAUAAAACAGCACUCUUGAGAGUAUUAAACAUCAGAACUAAAUAAUUUCAGGUCUUAGAUGUUUCUUAGCUGUAAUAAUAUGAAAUUUUAUGUUUUUGUAUACUUUAUGGGGGCUGAGUAAAUUUAAAUCUAGUAUUUGAGGUUCUUGGGAUCUUGUGAUCCUAGAAAUUCUCCUGUUAAACUGUUACGGGUGUCUCAGCUUCCCUGGGAAUGCUUUAAUUUGUCAGAGUCCACCUUUAUGGGCAGUUUUCUUAGAGAAAUGUAACUAGGUAGCAUUUAAGACAUAGUCACAUCAUUUAAAGGAUUAUAAUUUCUUGUAAUCUCAGGACUAUAGAUGUUUAUAUUUUGGAAGCAUUUUAAACCUUUCUCCUUAAUCACCUAGAAGUAAAAGAAAAGAAGAGAGAGAAGAAGUGGAGAGGAAGGGAGGGAUGGAAGCAGGGAGGGGGGCAGGGAGAGAGAGAGAGAGAAAGAAAAAAGGAGAGAGAGAAAAGAAGGAAAGGAAACGGAAAGAGGGAAGGAAGGAAUGAAAAAAUGAAGGAAAAAUGAAGAGUUGGAGUCAGGUCCUUGCCUUAGCUCACAGUCUUGUGGGAAAAAUAAAAGUAAGAAAAAACUGCUAUGAGAGUUCAGAAAUUGUAUGUCAAACUGUUUCUUUCAAUACUGGAGAAAACUGGCUGGGAGGAGCUGAGAGGUAGAGUUGCUGGGGCAAAGAUCAUGCCGGAAAGCCAAAGGUUUCCUGGGCAGCAGAGGCCGGUGGGCUUGGGAUGAAAGAAGCAGGGCAGAUGCAAAAUCUGGAGAGCGCGGGGGCCGGAUGGCCAGUCAGCACCCAGACUGGCAGCAUGACCGGUGAAAUACCAAGGCUUUCUAAAGUCAACCUCUUCACUCUGCCCAGCCUCUGGAUGGAGCUCUUCCCAGUGGUCGGAACCCAAAGACAAAAAUCUCAGGAAAAAGAGGAGGGAAAGCAUGGAGCCUUAGGAGAUAAUGAAGAGAUGACCAGAGUAUCUCCUGACAAAAAACAGGUUAAGAGAACUGGUCUUGUGGUGGUGAAAAACAUGAAAAUUGUUGGCCUGCACUGUUCUAGUGAAGACUUACACGCUGGGAAAAUUGCUCUGAUAAAACAUGGAUCAAGGCUGAAAAACCGUGAUCUUUAUUUUUCCAGAAAGCCAUGUUCUGCUUGUUUGAAAAUGAUUGUAAAUGCUGGAGUAAACCGAAUUUCAUAUUGGCCUUCUGAUCCAGAAAUAAGUUUGCUUACUGAGGCUUCUAGUUCCGAAGAUGCAAAGUUAGAUGCCAAAGCAGUGGAAAGAUUGAAGUCAAACAGCUGGGCUCAUGUGUGUGUCUUACUUAUUCAGCCCCUGGUGUAUUACAUGGUGCAGUUUGUAGAGGAGACCUCUUACAAAUGUGACUUUAUUCAAAAAAUUUCAAGAACAUUGCCGGACACUAACAUUGACUUUUAUUCUGAAUGUAAGCAAGAAAGAAUAAAAGAAUAUGAAAUGAUAUUUUUGGUUUCCAAUGAAGAAAUGCAUAAGCAAAUACUGAUGACUAUAGGUUUGGAGAACCUGUGUGAAAACCCGUACUUUAGCAAUCUAAGGCAAAACAUGAAGGACAUUAUCCUCCUUUUGGCCACAGUAGCUUCCAGUCUGCCCAACUUUACACACUACGGGUUUUAUUGUCGCAAUACUGAACAGAUUAAUGAAGUUCACAAUCAAAGUCUGCCACAAGAAAUUGCAAGGCACUGCAUGGUUCAGGCCAGGUUAUUGGCAUAUCGAACUGAGGAUCAUAAAACAGGAGUUGGAGCAGUCAUCUGGGCAGAAGGAAAGUCUAGAAGUUGUGAUGGGACGGGCGCGAUGUACUUCAUAGGAUGCGGUUAUAACGCUUUUCCUGUUGGAUCCGAGUAUGCUGACUUCCCACACAUGGAUGACAAACAGAAAGACAGAGAAAUAAGGAAAUUCUGAUACAUUGUUCACGCCGAGCAGAAUGCCUUGACAUUUAGGUGUCAAGAAAUAAAACCAGAAGAAAGAAGUAUGAUUUUUGUGACAAAGUGCCCAUGUGAUGAAUAUGUACCUUUAAUUAAAGGUGCAGGUAUAAAACAGAUCUAUGCAGGGGAUGUAGAUGUUGGAAAAAAGAAGGCAGACAUCUCUUACAUGAGAUUUGGGGAACUUGAGGGUGUUAGCAAAUUUACAUGGCAACUGAAUCCAUCAUGAACUUGUGUUCUUGAGCAAAAUGAGCCUGAAAGUAGAGAGACCUGGAAAAAAAUUCCAUCUUUUUAAAAAUUUGUCAAGAAAAAAAAAGUAGGAAAAGAGAAGAAAGAAAAAAAUAUAUGUAUCUGAUUAAAGAAUGUAUUCAGUAACAAUGUUUGAAGGGGUGAGUUAAGAAUUCCGUGUUGUUAGGGAAAGGAUACAAAAAGCACUAACUAUAAAAAAAAAGAAUUAAAAAAAGGAUGAAUCAAUUAUGGUAAAAUUAAGAACAUCUGUUCAUCAAAAUAUACCAUUAAAAAAGUACAAAGGCAAGCCAUGAAAGAGUAGAUAUUUGCUGCUUAUAAUCAAGAUGGGGCUUUUAGCCAGGAUUUAUUGGUCCUAGAUCACUAAGGAAGAAGACAGGUGGUGGUUCCAAGUCCUGAGAUUGGAAGGAGGGGUCGUGAUGGGGAGGGGACAAAAGGAAGGCUUUUGCUUUGCUGGCAGUGUUUUAUUUCUUGACCUGGGUGAUAAUUAAAUGUAUGUUUGCUUUAAAAAAAAAUACUGGAGAAAACUGAAAAACAAAAACAGGCUGUGAUUCUUGAAACCAAAGAAAGAAAUUUUUUUUAUGGAAAAAAGGAGUGGAGUUGGGGACCUAUUCUAGAAAGAAGGAAUGGUGUGAAUUGGUUCUGUACCUACAGAUACAUACUGUUUUUGUUUGUUAUUCUAGUACCUAAGAACUUACAGUAUGAAAUCUAAAUGUUGUUUUAUUUAGUAAAUAUACAUUGAUAGCAUGUUUUACACAUACCAGUGUACUAGGGGAUAUGGAAGACUUGAGAAUAAGUCACAUCCAAUCUUGUCUUCACAAGCUGUCUGACAUAGUUGACAAACUCUAAGGAUGGGCACCCAAUC